AUGGCGCAUGCGAUGCCUAGUCCGACUACGGUUUGCGUAGACGGCAUAUCCUUCGCCGCUCUAGGGAUCUCAUGGGACCGGGUUACGCAUGUUGAAGCCUCUGAGUUCCAGAUGGGCUGCUGUCUUACACUUUUCCGCGAUGCUCAGGCGAUGACCCACUUCACCCUCAAGACAUUAUGGCUCUAUGACGAUAUACCACCUGAUUUCUCCAUACCCAUAGUACACACCGCUCUCCGAGCACUCAAGAUUCAUGACGGCGGACACGUUGGUCCUCUUCUCGAUGCUCUCCAGCUGCCAUCUCUGGAAGAAAUCUCUGGACGAUCACAGCACUGA